CGCGGCUCCGUGUUCUAAUCUAAUCAUGUCCGAUGGGGGAAUGUUAUAUUUGUUUACAUCGUGCUGUACCUUUGUUCGAUUCGCCAGUUCUGUUCUCUCGCAGGCGCCAGACGCUACCGAACUGGCUGACAUCCGGAAUCGCCCGCAACCAGAAAGCCGUUCCUCAAACCCUAACCCACUCCGACGACACAUUGCACGCGAGCAAGGAUACGAUGGCACGUCACACACUCUGCCCUGAGGGCAGCUCGCUUGUGGCCACUGCCAAGCAGCGUGCCGAAUCGUUCGAUUUGCUCGACGAGCUGGAACUGUUGCUGCACCGGAAAGGACGUUGGCCGGUGUUCCUCGUGACCUUGAUUGCGUUGGCAUUGUGUUUCCUCGUGGUCGGUUUACUGAUGGCCACCGGGAUCAUGUUGGUGACGUUCCUGCUGUUCAUCUUCAACAUCGAACCGCCAAACGAGACAACCAGUUGCCUAAAUUGGCGGGGGGAUUUUUAAAAUGUACCGCUAAUUGUUGCAAUACAAUAAAUCUGCUAAAACCUA